AUGGAAUCUAGAGAUCGAGCUACUAUCAUUUUGAUCGAUAAUUCUCCAACAUCAAUCAAUGGGGAUUUCAUAACUGAUCGAUUAAAUGCUCAAACAACAUGUGCAGAGCGUCUAGCAAAAAAUUAUAAUCAAUCUAACCAAAAUUCGCAAGUUGGAAUUAUCACAAUGUCGAGACCAGAGUUUGGCAUUCGUUCUUCCCCAACAACAAAACCAAAUAACAUUGCAAAUUCAAUUCCAAAUAUUAAAAGAGGAAAAGAGCCUAUUGACAUAUUACUUGGAGUCAAAAGUGCUAUUUUGGCACUUAAGAACUGCAUACCAAUCCCAUCGGAAAAAAGAAUUUUAAUUUUUGUUUCAUCAGAUUGUUUAAUGACAGAUGAGAUCGCUGCUACUAUUAGAGCACUUUCAAUUAAGAAUAACGUCAUAAUAGAUAUAGUUGUUAUGGGCGAACACGUGAAAAUCGUUGAUAAGUUACAUAGUAUCAAUGAUCAGAUACCAGGAUCAACAUUUUUGUUCAUAAAGAGCUGCAACACUCUUGUUAGCGAUCUUGUAAUAGCAAAAGGAAUUGGAAUGAAAAAAGAAGAGAUUCCACAAAUAAAUUCCAAGUUACAACACCAAGAUCCGGAACUAUACAAGGCUAUAUUGGCAUCCAAGCCAGUUGACUCGGAAAAUGCAUUUUUAUCAGAAAAUUCGUAUCCACCCGAGAAAACUCGAAAAUCACCUAGUGCAAAAGCAUCUCCAAAAGAUAGUAAAAAGAAGAAAAAGAAAUAG